CCAUGUACUCAAUUUCCCAUAAGUACCUGCGUCAUUUCCCGGAUUCUCGCAGUGUCUUCUGGGCCGUGCGCUUGUUGCACUUCCUUUCUUUCCGACAUCUUGACUGAGCAGCAUCAUGCCUCCCAAAGACGCGAAGAAGGGGAAAGAUGCUGGGAAGUCCAAGAAGGACAAGGACCCAGUCAACAAGUCUGGAGGCAAGGCCAAGAAGAAGAAGUGGUCCAAGGGAAAGGUCAGGGACAAGCUGAACAACCUGGUUCUCUUCGAUAAGGCCACCUACGACAAGCUGUACAAGGAGGUCCCCAACUACAAGCUCAUCACGCCCGCAGUAGUGUCUGAGAGGCUGAAGAUCAGGGGAUCCCUCGCCAGGGCUGCCCUCCUGGAGCUGCUGGGCAAAGGCAUGAUCAAGCUGGUCUCCAAACACAGAGCACAGGUCAUCUACACGCGUAACACCAAGGGUGGUGACGAAGCCGGCGAGGGCAAGGAAGCAUAGGGUGCCUGGAUGUUUGUAAAUUGAAAAUUUAAUAAAAACACACAAAAAAAAACAUUGACUUAGUCUUC